AUGUUCAGACGAUUUUUCAGGCCAAUCGCUUUAAUCGGGUCUCUAGGCUACUUGAGCUCUCAUCCAAUUUUUUCACAAAGCGAUGAAGAAAAUGCAGUUAAUUUGAUGAAAAGAGUUAUGUACAUGCCUUCAUUUAGAGAAACACAAACAAUUAACAUUCCCAAGCCAACACUUGUUUACAUUUACGAUUCUAAAUACCUGGAAAAGUCACAAUUGGCCACAAAAAUUGAAAAGAAUUUGAAAAGAGCAGACGAGUAUGGCUACUCUUUAGCUAAAAGAUUCAUCAGCAAUGAAGAAGAUCGAAAAGAAUUUUGCAAAGAAUCUGGAAUCAGUGAAGAAGAGUACACAGUAAGAAUGGAGCAUGAAGGAAACCUUUUCUUCAUUAACAACGGCAGGAACUACAAGAUUCCAAUCGGUACAAAGCGCCAAGAAAUUGAUUCUUGGGUCGCAAAAUGCCAAGAACCGAUAAUUAAGGUCAAGUCUAUCUCAGAGUUUUACAAGCAUGCAAGAAGCGUGAUUUUUGAUGAAAACAGUCAUAUAAUUGUAGGAUACAAAUUGACUGAUGAAGAAAGAAAAGUCCUUGAAAAAAUGUCACAAUAUAAAAUAAAAAUUUCCUUUGUGGAAGCUUCUGAUGACUUGGCAGAAAAAUAUGGACUUGAGCCUGGAAUUUCGCUUUGCAGACCACACAGUAGGUUUGAUGGAGAAUUUGAUACAGAAACGCAUAGAGCUUUGAAGUUUAUUCCUAUGAACAAGAAAGAUCCAUCCUUUGACGAUCUUGAUUUGUGGAUCCAAAAUAAUAAUACUACUAAAGUUUACUAUUGUGAUCAGUUUGAAAAAAUAUUUCCAUUAUUCCAAAAGACAUAUAGAGGGCCUUUAAAAUGCAUGUAUGUACUGACAUCUGGAUUAAACCCUGAUUCGAAAAAGUAUAUACAAUUAGUAAAAGAUCUUGCUGAGCUUGCUGACCAAUAUAAGGAUUUAUUUAUUAUAGCUAUUAUCCCUAAAGAUGAACUUGCUAAAAAAUUAGGCUGUCUUAGGAAUGGAAGACUAAGAAGAAUGAAAGAGCCAGAAAUAAGAUUCACUGACUUCAAAAAAAUGAUUUCGACCAAAGAAAAUCCUGAAGGUGGUUUCCAAGUUGUAGACUGCACCAAUCCUGACGCUAAAUGUGCCGAUCUCACAGAUACACAUUAUACAGGGAAAUAUAAUUUUCAAGGGCAUGACUUUAGUAAAGAAAAACUAAAAGAAUUUAUUGAAAACAGCUUACAAGGGAAAAAUGAACAGUAUUAUGAAGAAGAAAGUGUACCUUUAGCUGCAGUUAGAAAACUAUCCGCAGUUAAUUUUAACAAAGAGGUAAUUGACUCUGAUAAAGAUGUUAUAAUUGAGCUGUAUGGAAAAUAUUGUCCGAGCUGCAUUGCGUUUAAAGAAGAAUUCAAUCAAUUAGCUAAAGAACUAAAACCACAUAGUGAUAAACUUUUAGUCGCAAAAGUCUGCAUUGAUCAUAAUUUUAUACCUGAAAUUUCUGAUAACUUCUACCCUAGAUCGAACAACCGCAAGAGCUAAUUAGGAUUGGGCUAAAAUUAUUUUUGAAAACAUUAUAUAAAGCAUGAAUACUUCUUUUAUUAAUUUAUUAUAAGAAUUUGCAAGCAGAUAUAAAUUGAAUUUUAGUUUAUUUUAUGAAGAAUUAAUUCAAAAAAUGAAUCGAUUCAGUGUUAAAGCUAUUUAAAUAAUUUUCACUUUUAGGGUUUAGCUAGGUCAAAAAUUAAUUUUAUAAAAAUUAUGAUCAAGGACUAGAUGCAGUAAGAAAAAAUAUACGCCUAUUUUUUGGUACUACAAAAAAGGAGAUAAAGCAAACCCAAUACAGCAUAAAGGAAAAAGGGAUGUGAAAGAAAUUAAAGAAUUUAUCAAACAAAACGCUAGCUUUAAUUUAGAGGAAUAA